AGAGUUGGAUUUGAAAUGUUGCAGUAGCCAGUGUUGUCAGAGAGAAAGAAGGGCUAGAAGGAACUGCGGCGGAAAAAAGUUGUGGAUUCAUUUUAUUUCAUAUUUUCAGCAGAGCAAAUUGUGAUAUAUGCGGCACAUUAGAGGGACUUGUAUUAGAUCUGUGCUUCAAACGAUUUCAUUUUUGCUGUUAUUUAGAGUUUUGAUUCGAAUUCAGAGUAUUUCUAAACUGAAGAGAAAGAUCUAGUCGCAAGCUAACGUUAGGUCACACGUACGUUUGUAGCUAGCCAGCUAAAUCUUUAUUGUAAAGUUUGGACACUUAAACUAACUUAUCUCUCGGCUUUUAAUUUUAUAUUGCUUGAUAGCUCGAUUUAUUUUAUUUGCAAGAUUGACUGAAGGGAGUUAUUUCUCUUCAAAAUGAGCGCAGGAAUUGCAAAGGCGGCGAAGCCGUCGACACACGUUGAUCCUAAAUAUGUACCUCUGAAAGAGAUCCCUGAUAUUUUGGUGGAUCCUCGAACCAUGAAGAGGUACAUGAGGGGCCGAUUUCUUGGGAAAGGAGGAUUUGCUAAAUGUUACGAAAUUACAGAUAUGGACACUAAAGAGGUUUUUGCUGGGAAAGUAGUCCCAAAAACUAUGCUGCUCAAAGCUCACCAAAAGGAGAAAAUGUCCAUGGAAAUCACUAUUCACAAGAGCCUCGAUAACCCACAUGUCGUAGGAUUCCACGGCUUUUUCGAAGAUGAUGACUUCGUUUUCGUAGUUUUGGAGAUCUGCCGACGAAGGUCUCUCUUGGAGCUGCACAAGAGGAGGAAGGCCGUGACUGAGCCAGAGGCACGGUAUUACAUGAAGCAGACCAUUCAGGGAUGCCAGUAUCUGCACAACAACAGAGUCAUCCACAGGGAUCUCAAACUGGGAAACCUCUUUCUGAAUGAUGAGAUGGAUGUUAAGAUUGGUGACUUUGGGUUGGCUACGAAAAUUGAGUUUGAUGGUGAGAGGAAGAAGACGCUGUGUGGGACCCCGAACUACAUCGCCCCGGAGGUGUUGUGCAAGAAGGGCCACAGCUUUGAGGUGGACAUCUGGUCACUGGGAUGCAUCCUAUACACUUUGCUGGUGGGUAAGCCUCCCUUUGAGACCUCUUGCCUGAAGGAGACGUACAUCCGAAUCAAGAAAAAUGACUACGCUAUCCCACGGCACAUCAGCCCAGUGGCCGCUGCCCUGAUUAAGAAGAUGCUGCAUGCUGACCCUACCCUCCGGCCUACCAUCGGCGACCUGUUGACGGACGAGUUUUUCACGUCUGGCUACAUCCCCUUGCGCCUGCCCACCACCUGCCUCACGGUGCCCCCACGCUUCUCCAUCGCGCCCAGCUCCCUGGAUGCCGGGCAGCGCCGACCCCUGACCGCCCUCAACAAAGGAACCGAGAGUCCCAUAGAGAAGAUGGGCAAGGUGGACCCGAGGGAAGAACCCCAAGUCAGGGAUGGAGCGGAGUCUGCGGAUUGCCAUUUGACUGACAUGCUCCAGCAGGUCAACAGUGUUAAUGCCAGCAAACCCUCAGAGAGAGAUGUCAUUCGGCAAGAGGAGGCUGAAGAUCCUGCCUGCAUUCCCAUUUUCUGGAUCAGCAAAUGGGUGGACUACUCUGAUAAAUACGGCCUGGGAUACCAGCUCUGUGACAACAGUGUGGGUGUUCUCUUCAACGACUCCACACGGCUCAUCAUGUACGACGACGGGGACAGCCUGCAGUACAUUGACAAGAUCUCUGUAGAGUCCUACAUGAGUGUGCGAUCCUACCCUUCCAUGCUCUCCAAGAAGAUCACUCUGCUGAAAUACUUCCGCAACUACAUGAGCGAACACCUGCUGAAGGCCGGGGCCAACAUCACCCCGCGGGAUGGAGACGAGCUGGCCCGCCUGCCCUACCUUCGCAACUGGUUCCGCACCAAGAGCGCCAUCGUGCUCCACCUCAGCAACGGCACUGUGCAGAUCAACUUCUUCCAGGACCACACCAAACUGAUCCUGUGUCCUCUCAUGGCUGCGGUGACCUACAUCGAUGAGAAGAGGGAGUUCCGCACCUACAAAAUGAGCAUGAUCGAGGAGUUUGGCUGCUGCAAGGAGCUGGCUAGUCGACUUCGCUACGCUCGCACAAUGCUAGAUAAACUGUUGGCUUGUAAAUCUAAUGGUGCUCGCUAGCCUAUGUCAGAACCAGAACCCGUCUGAUGCCUGAGCUCCUGUAAAUAUACACUUCAACCUCAGUUUUUCUUGUUUUAUACCCCCAUUGGUGUUCUACUGUCUACUACUUGGCCAAAGGGUUCUUGACCCUCCAAAAUAUCUUUUAGAUUGAGUGUUUUAUAUGGAAAACAGGUUUACAAUGAACUUUGAUUUACUCGGUGCACCGCUCAAUUUGUGUAUUCUUGGUUCCAAGUGCAAAUUAACAAAUUUACUGUGCCAAUCAAGACAGUAGGGUGUGGAGUCUUAUCAUGUUUAAGCCUUUUGUUUGUGUGUGGAGUUAUGAUUGUUUUUAUUGUAAAUGUUGGUUUUGUCUUCUGUACAAAGCUCCACUGUACAAAAUCCUGAAUUUAAAGAAUUGUAUGUUUACAAAAUGUGUUUUUAAAUUUUGAUAUUCCAAGUAAAUAAAGACCCUCUUGCUCCUUAA